CAUGAAUUGUAAAAAAAAAAAUAAAAUGUGUAUGUGUAUUUUUUGUUGUGAAAAAAAAUAAAAAAAUAAUAAGCCGAAGCCAUAUGUCAAUUGUCAACUAACAAUAGUAACUAACAAUUACACGUCAAUCGAAAAUAUCAUAUUUAUCAAAAGUGAUAAGAUAAAACUUAUUUCAAAUAACCAAAAAUUACUACAAAGUGAUAUCACUUAACCAAGUCAUCAUAUUAUUAUUUAAUUAUUUUAACAAUAUAAUCAUUACAUAAAUAAUUCCUUUUAAGUAAAAAUAACUUUUGUUUACAUAAAUAUUAAACUUUCAUUUUUUAAAUCGAUUUAUAUUUUUUAUCAAUGUUGUUAUUAUUAAACAACCUUGAAUUAUUUAUUUCACUUCGUUAAAUCAAUAAAAUGAUAAUUCCUACGUCAUAAUAUAUGAAAAAAAAAAUAUAGUUUUAUUAAAUAAUUUAUGUCAGUUUAUUUAUAAAGAAUUAAUUUUCGCAAUGAUUAUUUUUAAAUAAAUAAUUAAUCACAGAACAAAAUUAUAAAAUGAUUUUGUGGUGAUGAAUUUGUAAAAAAUAAAACAAUUAAUUUAUUUUUUAAUUGUUUUUGGUAAAUUUAAAAAAUGUUUGUAAAAGACCCAUGUGGAAUAGUUUGCAUUUUAGUUACAUAUGUCGCAGUUUUUUAUGCUGACUAUGUUGUUAUAAGAUGGAUUAUUUUACAUACGAUGCAGGAUAGUUUAUGGGGUCCGUUCCAUGUAGUUUCGUUUAAUACAAUACUAUUGCUAUUGAUGAUGUCGCAUUUAAAAGCGAUAUGUAGUGACCCGGGUGUUGUACCUUUACCACAAACGAGGAUGGAUUUUUCAGACAUACAUACUGGUGGUUCUGGAGCAAGCGAUGAUUGCGAGGAAAGAGAUGAUUGGAGUGUAUGCACGAGGUGUGAAACUUAUCGGCCACCUAGAGCUCAUCAUUGUAGAAUUUGUGAAAGAUGUAUACGUAGAAUGGAUCAUCACUGUCCUUGGAUAAAUAAUUGUGUAGGUGAACGUAAUCAAAAGUAUUUUAUUCAAUUUUUGGUGUACGUCGGCGUACUUGCUAUUUAUGCAAUUUCAUUGGUAAUUGUAUCAUGGGUUACCGAUUGUCCGGAAUGUAGUACUGAUGUAACCAUAAAACAAAGUAGAAUUUUGCAUUGCGUAAUACUGGUCCUGGAGUCAGCAUUAUUCGGAAUGUUCGUGGUGGCGAUACUAGUAGACCAGUUCCAAGCGAUACUUGGAGAUGAAACCGCCAUCGAACGUCUUCAAGGUGGACACAAUCACUACCACCAUCAUCCGAAAUCACGUCGAGCGAUAACACUCCUCUCCCAAGUCUGUGGUAAAAGCCAUCCUAUUUUAUGGCUCUUUCCCUGUCACAAUCCACCACGUUACACAUUCCGUCGUGAUGAUCGUUUGCUUGAUCACGAAGUAUAAUUCCGCUUUUAAUUUAUUUAUCUCCUAAUUAUACAUAUGCCCAAAGAUCGGAACGUUUUUCCCCCAACGAAAAUGAUUAAAAUUUAAGUAAUUUGACUACUCAAGUAGUUGGAAGUGGCCUGCUAUUUUGGCUGACACACUAGACCUGUACGAAAAAUUUUCGAAUGUUUUUUUCCAACUAAUUAAUUACAAAAAAAAAAUCUAAAAAUAUGCACGUGUAGAAAAUUGAAAAAACUAUUGGUUUAAUGAUUUGAAUUUUUUUUUUUUAUAAUUUGUUUUCAAAAAAAAAUAUAAAAAUUAUUAGACGUUAGCUAAAAUUAUGAUCCUGAAGUU